AUGUCGAAAAUUGAAAAAUCUGAAGUAAAGAAGGUUUGGGAUUCCUUUGACUAUAAUGGAAAUGGUAUCUUAUCCCUUGCUGAAAUUGACAGAGCAGUCAUCGAACUUUAUCCUCAACUUGCAAAAGAUAAACCAGCCAUCAUGCGAGCUUAUAAAGCAGCUGACACUUCAAAGGAUGGUUUCAUCGAUUUCAAUGAAUUCGGCCGUCUUCUUGAUCUUCUAUUUUACUAUGAUGAGUUAUAUAAGAUGUUUCAGAAACUUGAUAAAAAUAACGAUAAACGGGUCAGUUAUGUUGAAUUCAAGAAGGGACAUGAAUUAAUGGGAAUAAACGUGAAAUCUGACGAAGAUCUUAAGAAGGCAUUCAAUGAAAUUGAUACAAACCGUGGAGGAUAUAUCCUCUUUGAUGAGUUUUGUAUUUACGCUGCCAAGAAAAGAUUGAAUUCGAAGUCAUGA